AUACAAAUUGUAAAACAUUUUGCAAAUUGUCAACACAGACAACUCAGCUGUGAAUGUCGUACAUACCAGAAUUACAACGGCGUAACAUUAACAUCAUCACUCCAUCACUUGCGCGAGAGAGGGGAAGGAAGCGAAAUUAAAAAAGAGCCAGGAAGGAGGACAACGAGUGCGACGACUAAAAACUCCACAAUUCACCAACGGGCGUCCGUGUCGUGUUUGGAAAUCGAAAUGUCUUUCAAUGGCAUGUGCCGUGGCCGUACACAAUUGUUGUACACCAUUUUAAUUGUCCUAUCGCUGAUGUCCUGUCGCUGCCGUGCUCAACAGCCGAGGCGUGAUGCAGAGUAUCCCCCACCGGCAAUUUUGAAAAUGGCAAAACCAUUUCAUGACAUAUGUGUAGGAAAAACUGGCGUAACUGAAGCGGCCAUCAAGGAAUUCAGCGAUGGCGAAGUCCAUGAAGAUGAAGCUCUCAAGUGCUACAUGAAUUGCUUGUUCCAUGAAUUCGAAGUGGUCGAUGACAAUGGCGAUGUUCAUAUGGAGAAAUUGUUGGCGGCCAUACCGGACUCACUGCGUGACUUACUUGUGAAUGCAUCCAAGAACUGUAUACAUCCGGAGGGUGAUACCCUAUGUCAUAAGGCAUGGUGGUUCCAUCAGUGCUGGAAGAAAGCAGAUCCGGUGCAUUACUUUUUAGUAUGAUUGGCCAUUGGCGAACGAAGGAACGGCAGCUGUUAACGGAAACACUCUUUCAGUAUUAGCGAAGCGUUAAAUUUUAACUUUUUUAAUUUCUUUUUAUUUUAUUACAGCAUGA